AUUAAAUUUUUUUUUUAUUCUCUUUCUUCUUGGGCUCCUUUAGGGCGAAGAGACCGACAAACAUUUGAUUCAGGUGCUUCCGCUGGGAGUUCUUCUUCAGCUUCAACUAAGUUGCCAAAGCACUGUGCCUUCAUCUCUUGUUUUCAGAUUAUGGGUAAGCAGGAUCGCUCGGAGGCCAGAGAUGGUCAUGAGAAGGUGAAGAGGGCCAAGACCCAGAGCGACCAUCGUCGUCAAACUGCGGAGCCUGAGCAGGUUCCCCCGCCUGUUCUUCUGAAUAGUGGCGAGCGUCAGGCCCCGCCUGUCUUUCUUUUUUUGAACAAGCCCAUGGAGAAACGUCUUGUCCGGGACGGAGAGAAUUACGUGUCAGUGUUUGGAUUCUGGGUGCAUCCUCGUUACGAGCCAUUAUAUAUUCAAGUGGCGACACAGCAUGGCCAUAUUGCCUCAGACGCGGUCUUUCCUGACGCUAACCUUCUUGUGUCUCACACUUUGAAUGUUCUGGAUGUGGUGGGCGAGAUGGUAGACGCUGGUGAUCACCCGUCUGUUGUGCAGCUACAAAGCUGGCGUCGGACGAUUACUAAUGCUUCCAACAUCCGGUUUAACAUUGGAUGGCUGGAUACACUUUGGCAGGAGGCUGAGACGAAGGCGAACGCUCGUCGAGACCAAUUGCCAGGCAUUAUUGCUGGUCUUGAGGAAAGGGUUGCUUCUGUGAGGAUCAAAUUGGAGGCGUUGCAGGAAACUCAGGAGCGCCUGAUCCGGGAAACAAGUAAGGUUGUUGAUCAGAUCAUUCAGGCCAAAAAGACGUUGGAAGAGGAGGAACAGUUGUUGGUGGACGCCAGCGCGGAGAUGGCCGAACAGGCUGGGUCGUGAAUGCCUUGAUGCUUUGGAAGUUUUUAUCCUUAUUUUCUUUUUUUCUCCUUCUCUUCCCCUUCCUCUCUUUUUUUUUUUUUUUGGGAAAACACUUUGAAGUUUGUUUCUUGUGUUUCUUGUACUUUUUAUCUUCCCUUCUCUUAAAUGUUGUUCGUAUCCCGAGGCGUGACUCCUUCUAAAUAAUCGUGGCUUUCAGAAUA